ACUCGCUGGGCUUCCGUAGUGGGCUGUGCGCGUGAGCAGAAGCCCCGCCGAGGCGGCGGGUACUAGAGUCUAGUGAGUCUGCGGGUACGAUCCUGCCCGCUUGACCAGGAGAAGCCCCCCUCCCCCCCAGGCCAGCCAGCAUGAGCGGCUCGAAGCCGGACAUCCUGUGGGCGCCGCACCAGGUGGACAGGUUCGUGGUGUGCGACUCGGAGCUGAGCCUCUACCACGUGGAGCCGGCGGGCAGCUCGGAGCUCAAGGCGGGCUCCCUGAGGCUGUCGGAGGACUCGGCGGCCACCCUGCUGUCCAUCAACUCGGACACGCCGUACAUGAAGUGCGUGGCCUGGUACCUGAGCUACGACCCCGAGUGCCUGCUGGCCGUGGGCCAGGCCAACGGCCGCGUGGUCCUCACCAGCCUGGGCCAGGACCACAACUCCAAGUUCAGGGAUCUGAUCGGGAAGGAGUUUGUGCCCAAGCACGCGCGGCAGUGCAACACGCUGGCCUGGAACCCGCUGGACAGCAGCUGGCUGGCGGCCGGCCUGGACAAGCACCGCGCCGACUUCUCGGUGCUCAUCUGGGACAUCUGCAGCAAGUACAGCCCCGACGCGGCGCUGCCUGCGGACAAGGGCCGGCUGGCGGCGGGGGACGCCGAGGCGGGGCUGGUGGUGACCAAGCCCCUGUACGAGCUGGGCCAGAACGACGCGUGCCUGUCCCUGUGCUGGCUGCCCAGGGACCAGAAGCUGCUGCUGGCCGGCAUGCACCGCAACCUGGCCAUCUUUGACCUGCGCAACACCAGCCAGAAGAUGUUCGUGAACACCAAGGCCGUGCAGGGCGUCAUGGUGGACCCCCACUUCCACGACCGCGUGGCCUCUUUCUACGAGGGCCAGGUGGCCAUCUGGGACCUGCGCAAGUUCGAGAAGCCCGUGCUGACCCUGACGGAGCAGCCCAAGCCCCUGACCAAGGUGGCCUGGUGCCCCACGCGCACGGGGCUGCUGGCCACGCUGACCAGGGACAGCGACAUCAUCCGGCUCUACGACAUGCAGCACACGCCCACGCCCAUCGGGGACGAGACGGAGCCCACCAUCAUCGAGCGCAGCGUGCAGCCCGGCGACAGCUGCAUCGCCUCCUUCGCCUGGCACCCCACCAGCCAGAACCGCAUGAUCGUGCUGACGCCGCACCGCGCGCUGGCCGACUUCACCGUGUUCGAGCGCAUCUCCCUGGCCUGGAGCCCGGUGACCUCCCUGAUGUGGGCCUGCGGCCGGCACCUGUACGAGUGCGCCGAGGAGGGGGGCGGCGACCCCUCGCCCGAGCAGGACGUCGCCACCAAGAUGCGCCUGCGGGCCUUGUCCCGCUACGGCCUGGACACCGAGCAGGUCUGGAGGAACCACGUGCUGGCGGGCCACGAGGACCCCCAGCUCAAGUCCCUCUGGUACACCCUGUACUUCAUGAAGCAGUACACCGAAGACGCGGGCUCCAGAUCGCCCGGCCACAAGGGCUCGCUGGUGUACGCGGGCAUCAAGACCAUCGUGAAGUCGUCUCUGGGCAUGGCAGAGGGCAGCAGCAGGCAUAACUGGAGCGGGGCUUCCGAGAAGCCGAGCGAGGGCCAGAGUCUGAGUGAAGAGAGAAUCCUGGCCUUGCAGCUCUGUGGCUGGAUCACCAAGGGGACCAGCGUGGACGUGGGCCCCUUCCUCAACUCCCUCGUGCAAGAGGGGGAAUGGGAGCGCGCUGCCGCCGUGGCCUUGUUCAACUUGGACAUCCGACGGGCUAUCCAGAUCCUGAACGAAGGCGCCUCCUCCGAGAAAGGUGACUUGAACCUCAACGUUGUGGCCAUGGCACUGUCAGGAUACACAGAUGAGAAGAACUCCCUUUGGAGGGAGAUGUGCAGCACCCUACGGCUACAGCUUAGUGACCCCUACCUCUGUGUCAUGUUUGCCUUCCUGACGAGUGAGCCUGGCUCUUAUGACGGCGUCUUGUACGAGAAUAAGGUGGCAGUGCGAGACAGGGUGGCAUUUGCCUGCAAGUUCCUCAGCGAUGCUCAGUUGAACAGAUACAUCGAAAAACUGACCAACGAAAUGAAGGAGGCGGGCAACCUUGAGGGCAUCCUGCUGACAGGCCUCACCAAGGAUGGGGUGGACUUGAUGGAGAGUUACGUCGACAGAACUGGAGAUGUGCAGACGGCGAGCUACUGUAUGCUCCAGGGCUCUCCCUUAGACGUGCUUAAAGACGAGCGGGUGCAGUACUGGAUCGAGAACUACAGGAAUUUGCUGGACGCCUGGCGCUUCUGGCACAAGCGUGCAGAAUUCGACAUUCACCGGAGUAAGCUGGACCCCAGUUCCAAGCCCCUGGCACAGGUGUUCGUCAGCUGCAACUUCUGCGGCAAGUCCAUCUCGUACAGCUGCUCGGCCGUGCCCCACCAGGGCCGGGGCUUCAGCCAGUACGGCGUGAGCGGCUCCCCGACCAAGUCCAAAGUCACGAGCUGCCCCGGCUGCCGGAAGCCCCUGCCGCGCUGCGCCCUCUGCCUCAUCAACAUGGGGACGCCCGUCUCGAGCUGCCCAGGAGGGUCCAGGCCCGACGAGAAGGCGGACCUCAGCAAGGACAAGAAGCUCGCCCAGUUCAACAACUGGUUCACCUGGUGCCACAACUGCAGGCAUGGCGGCCACGCGGGCCACAUGCUCAGCUGGUUCAGGGACCACGCGGAGUGCCCCGUGUCGGCGUGUUCCUGCAAGUGCAUGCAGCUGGACACCACUGGCAACCUCGUUCCCGCAGAGACCGUGCAGCCCUAGGCCGUGGGCUUUGGGGUGCCCCACCCCACUGGGGGACUCCUCCCCGGCUCCUUCCUCCAGGCCGCUGGCUAGGAGGCGCAGGCAGUUCUUGGGCAAGAAGAGUGCGGUCCAGCCCAGGCCAUCCCAAGAGGCCGGAUCCACCUUCCAAAGGGCCUUUGAGCCUCUGGGGGGUCUCUCCCCCUCCCCAGCCCCCCACAGAGAGGAGUGAGCUGUAGGACAGCAUGGGCUUCCUUCCAUUUGGGGACCUGCUGGGUGCACCCUCAGGGAGUCCCUUCCCAGGGUGGCCCCGUUCUGUUCCCCGAUUCCCCUCGAAUGCGAGGCCUGCCGCCCCAGGAAGAGAAAAGCUGGGCGUUGGAGGCGAGGACGCCCGGACCUGGCCUUGGUGUCUGGGGUCACCCCAGCCCCACCUCUGGGGGCGGGCCAGCCCCGGGCCAAAUGCUCUUCGGUCAAUCAGGCCGGGCAGCUGGGUUCCCAAGGCCAGCCCUGGAGGCAGGGGCUCCGGGACAAUCUGACUUGAAAAGCCACCGUGUAAUUGUUGGGCUAUUUAUGGUCUUUGCCCAGGGCCGCUUCGUUCAUAAAGGUUGUGACAGGCUCUUUUGGGGCCUCUUCACCCCCCA